GAAAGGUGACAACAUACCACAACAGCCAGAACUAAAAAAAAAAAUAUAAAAUGUUCAUACAGUAUUUGUUUAUUUUAACUGGAAUCUUGCAUUUCAAUGGCAUUUUUGCAACUUCAAUCGUAGAGGGUCCACCAAGUGAAAUACAAAAUUUACCAAUGUACGAUAAAUUGAGCAAAAAAUACUACCCAGUAUUUUGUGCAAAUCCACAAGAUUUAGAAAACAGCUGUAUUAUUGCACAAAAAUGUGAAAAAUUGGAGGCAACGGAUGCUUACGUGGCCGGAGAGUUUCUAUUCAAUGGAACUUACACUCAGGACAAAGAUUGGAACUGGUUGAAGAUCUAUGCAGCUGACAAAAUUCCAGUGAAAGCAUUAGGUUUACUUGAAUCAAGGCUUAUGCUGAAAAUUAGAAACAGCUGGUAUGAUUAUCCAUCAUCGAUAAGCUUCAAUUUGACUUGGGAAAAAGAACACAAUGACAUGGGUUGCUUGAAAAUAUACAAUCCAAUGAACAGAGAUAAACGAGUUGUCAUCAGAACAAGUUGUAACGAUUUUUUUUAUGAGUCAUUUGAGAUCUUCCGUUAUGGAGGAUACGCGUAACGACAAUGAAUAGUCUCUAUCACUAUGAACAUAAGAUUUUUUUGUUUAGUACACACUAAGUUAAUUUGGAAACAAAGCAAGGGGUACUAGAAUGGUAUAUAGUUUAUAGUUUU